GAGCUCUGCUCGCCGAGAUUCCUGAGCACUGCAGCCAAGCUUGCGGGAGCAAUAUACUAAUUUAUUUUUAUAACAAAUUGUUAUGAUUUUAUCAUUUUAGAAGCAGUUUUAACGUCAUGACUGACGGCUUGCUGGCUGUGGUUUCGGAGGCAGAACGCAACCGUUUUCCAACCCUCUCUCAGCUGAGCGAGAACGAUGUGGAUAACAUUUGGGCAAAUGUGUCAGCUUUCAUCGAACGGAACAUGUCUAUGCAAAAGGGAGUGUGCAUUGCUGGCCUUGGAGUGUUCACCUUCUCCCAGCAGAAGUUGGAUGUAGGCAGCAAGUAUGUGCUUUAUCAGAGGCCAAUCUUCAUCUUAACUGAGAAACUUUGCCAGUCUCAUGGCCUUAAACAGACCAAACCUCUCGCUGCAGCAGGGGACAUUCCAGUGGUGCAGCUCAAUUUCACUGCCCUGAGCAUGGCCAGCCCAUUCGAGCGCGACGUGGUGGAGGGCUGUGUGAGGGAGAUGCUCCUCUUGCUAGUACGUGCUGUGGCUGCCCAGCGCACCGUCUUUCUUAUCUUCAGGGGCAUUGGCAUCCUCUCAUUCCGUCACAGCAACGUCAAGAUGAAGUUCUACCGCGACUUCAUCUCAAGCAUGGAUGGCUCAGGCACACUCCUCUGGGCUCUGACCAACAGACCUGGAACGAGCAUCUCUGUGGUCUCUGGGACACUCUCAAGCCUCCAGCGCCCUGGGAGCUGCAAUGCCAUCACGUUCCCCAAAAUCUCAUCAGGAAAGGCACUGAAAGAAGAGGAUGACGGUUCUGCCCCUGAGCUGUAUGAUAGACAAGAGGAGAUUCGAAAAGAGUCCAGGCUUUCAGCACAGCCUGAAUUCCGGCCAUUCACAGCCAAAGCAAAUGGAAACAUCUCAAGUGAUAAACAACAGACUGAGUUUCCAUUAGAAACGAUGGAAGGGUAUGUCAGCCUGAAUAUGUUAGUGUUAGUCAGUGUAAAGCAGGGGUGUCCAGUCUUAUACACGAAGGGCCGAUGUGGACAUGCUGAAGCCCCACAGCCACCAGAUGGCACUGCUGAUAAAGUAGGAGUGAAGCGAGAAGCUGCCUCCCCAAGUCCGGCAUGCCUCGACCACACCCGAGCUGGACAGGAGCUAUGCUACCUGUGUAUGCAGCGAGCCCAGCGUAAUGUACCACUGUAUUUGGCAGAGGAGAGACACAGACAGGACAAGGAAGAGGAGAAACUGCUGCUGCUCGCCGAGAAACACAGAGACGAGCAGUACUUGCAGAGAGAAGAAGUCAAGCAAGAGCAGAAACGGCAGGACAAUAAGAAGAUGGCAGCAUUUAAUCUCGGGGUCGCUGAAACACUGAAGGCAAAGAAGUCAGCAAGGUCAUCCCAGUUUGAGGUGUGUCUUAUCAAUGGCUCGUACAUCUUUGGUAGACGGCCUGUCACUCCUCCAAGGCUUCUGAAGCAGAGGUGCUACAUGCAGGAAUUGACAGAGCAGCUGACCCAGAGGAGACUGAACCGCACACAGAGAUGCCAAGACCAGGAGCUCACUGAGCGGCUAUGCCAAAUCCAGCUAGCUGAUGAGUUUACGAAACUGAAAGCUCAGGAACUUCUCCAGAAAAAGGAGAACAUGAAGAGGCUCCAAAAGGCCCUAGAUAUCCAAGUAAGGGAAUUAGUGUUAAAAAGCAAAAAGAGUGUUAUGUAUUAUUUAAGUGUAAAUAUGUCAAGGGAUUCCAGGAUCAGUGAAAUAAGUGUAAUGCAAGAGCUGUGUGUGUGUGUGUGUGUGUGUCUGUCUUUCCUCACUCAGCUGGAACACCGGAGUCCAGGCCUCCCUGCACGUCAGCCUGACUCGGACGGCCCUGUGUUUGGUGUGAGGGAUGGUGCUCCAGCCCUUCUGGCAGAACAAAAACAGAGAGCACAAAGAGUUUGUGAAGAGCAGCUAAAGGCAGCAUCGAGCAAGAGGAAGGAGGCACUGUGCAGCCGGCUGAGUGAGCAGAGAAAGGAAAGAGACAUGCUGCAGCGCAACCACCAGGAACUGAUAGCAGAUCGAAUCGCCCAUUAUGAGAGGCUGAGAAACCUGAGGACUGCACUAGAAAACACAUGGUCUCACAGCGCUGACCUGAAACACUGCCGAGACCUAGAGGAGAGAGCUUUCAUUAGGUCGGGUGGCAGGCUGCUGAUAGAUCAGUGUGAACAGUACCGCCGCUGUUUCCAGUGCAAGAGAAAACCCACCAACUGUGGUGAGAGCAACAUCUGGAAGGAUUCCCACUACAUCCCCGGCUCCCGUCUGAUGGUGUAGCCUCCUCUAACUCUACUCUAGAAUAAACUAAAAUGCUUGAAGUUCUGGCACACUUGAAUAUGGUUAUAUCUGUUUGGUAUUAGGUGUGGAUGCUGAAGCCUGUGCUCAGUGAUUUCUUCACAAAUGUCAUAAAAGAGAUAUAAAUGUCCUUCUUGCUACAUGUGUCAUUCUUUUAAUGGCCCAACAUAAAAAGUCACAAAAAAGUAAAAAAAUAAAAUUAAUUAAAAAAAAAAAAAAAAAUCUGUUGCAGAUUUUACUAACACAUUACUAUAAGAACCAGAAAUGAACAUUUAUUAAUAAAGAAUUAAUGCUUUUGUAAUGAUGGAUUAAUACAUGCACUAAUUCCGUGAGCAUCAGGAAAUAAUUAGGUAAUACGUUAUACCUCAUAUACCUCUGACUCAUUUAUGAAUAGCCAUUAAUAAUAGUAAAGGUUGAUGUUAAGUCACUGUCUUAAUUAAUAUCAUGGCCUGCAGUAUUAAUAAAGGUCAUUUACAUUAAUUACAGCCUUUUUGCACAUAAAAUCAGUAAAACACCCCAGAUCUGCACCUUUGCU